CCCCCGCCAGCUGACGGACGGGCCAGCCGCCGAGUCGUACCUCCGCCACACGUUCCUCCGUCAGGUACCGAUCGGUCACCUCCGAAGAAGGCGGGGCGCGCUUGGGUGACCGCGAACGACGAAACCCGACUCGCGGCGCUCGCGCGCUUCGGAGCCGAUUUAGCGCCAGCGUGCUGCAGCAACCGCAGGCAACCUUCCCGGCCAGCCGCGACCGCUCUGUGACCCGGGUCAAGAGGUUGCGCGGAGGAGUGAGCACGACGCCACGCUCCAGACACCAUGGCGGGAACCGGCGGACAUCGCGUUAAUAUCGAAGACACUGCCGGCAGCUAUUCAGGCCUGAGCGAGGCGGAGAAGGUGCGCGUGCGCCGCGAGGUGCUGCAGGAGCCGGAGGUGCAGGAGUCGGUGGAGGACAUGCGGGAGCGACUGCGCCUCAUGAAGACCAUCGUGGAUGACACGCGCGAGGUGAUGAGCGGCGCCGGGGGCGCCGAGGCGCGCCCCAAGGGCAUCGCCAUCGACGGCGCCAUGAUGGGCGCCAUCUUCACCGUUAUUUUGGCUGUCAUCCUCGGCGCGUCGGCGCACGCCUUCCAGAAUCUCUACUACGCCGUGCUUAAGCGCUUCGGUCGGUAAUGGCGCGACUGGGGCGGUCGGAACGCAGAAUAGCGGCGUGGCGGGGGCGAUCGCGGCGCGGCGGGGCGAUCGCGGCGUAGCGGGGCGAUCGUGGCGAAGUCGGAGCGACGUCUGAUGCCGGGACGUGUGGCCCAGGGGUGCAGCGAGCCCCGCUGAAACCGGCUGGAGUUGGCGGCUAGGAAGGAGGCCAGUCAUUCCAGAGACGGGAGACAGCCGGCAGCUCACUGGCGACAAGACGCGAUCGUGCCUGGCAGGUCUGAUCUGAUCUUCGAGGCGUGAUCAUGCCCGGCAGGUCUGAUCUGGUCUGCACGGCGCGAUAAUGCCCGGCAGGUCUGAUCUGAUCUUCACGGCGUGAUCAUGCCCGGCAGGCCUGAUCUGAUCCGACCUGAGGCGUUGCGAGCCGUUAGGCCAGUCUUGGUAGAGUGUCGCCGCAGGCCGACCCCUUUUCAGCGGGUAAAGGCUGGUGUCAUUAGCUCCCAGUGACAUGGGGCUCGUGAACUCAUCUGUAAUGUGCUUCCUUCACUAGAAUAACUCCGCCCUGGGCUUUGCACAUCACACGUACCUGCCAGACAAGGCUAAGGGCUUUGCUGCAUGACUUCUUGCGGUCGACACGCCCUCCUCCCUCCCUCCAUCCCCCCUCCGUCCUCGACCACCAAUCUAAAAGCUUGUUUACGACGGAUCCAACGCGCUUUCUGAAGACGUUG